ACGUAUAUUUUGUUGAUAUACUUAUGAUUACAUUUGUUUGGCUAAAUGUUAUGAUAACCGUAUACAUUCAAUGUCAAGAAGAUAUAACCGGUGAUUAACUUACCAGUAUAACAAUCCGCGCACUGGAAACGUGCAUCACGAGUUUGGCCUGCUGUUGAGAAGCCAUGUUAUAUUGAAAACCCGUACACAUAAGCAAAGCGAAACGCACCUAACGUUGGCAUUAUCCUUACCACAUUUCAGGAUUUGUGAACAAAAACGAAAGCUCACCAUCGGGUCUUUACGCGAAGACUUAUAUUCACCGUGUUCUCUAAAGAGGUGUCACCAAGUGCUUUUACAGAUACCCAGACUGAAACCCCGAAUGUGCGGUACAUAUGAACAGCAACGUGAAUAAGAGAGCGCCGACUACAGCCACCCAGAGACUAAAACAGGACUACCUCAGGAUUAAGAAAGACCCUGUGCCUUACAUCUGUGCAGAACCUCUACCGUCUAACAUCCUCGAAUGGCACUAUGUUGUUCGAGGUCCUGAGAAAACUCCAUAUGAAGGUGGAUAUUAUCACGGCAAACUAAUAUUUCCUCGGGAAUUCCCCUUUAAGCCACCCAGCAUCUACAUGAUCACCCCCAAUGGCAGAUUCAAGUGUAACACCAGGUUAUGUCUCUCCAUCACUGAUUUCCACCCCGACACGUGGAACCCAGCAUGGUCUGUCUCCACUAUCCUGACUGGUCUGCUCAGCUUCAUGGUAGAGAAAGGCCCGACCCUGGGCAGCAUCGAGACCUCUGACUACACUAAACGUCAACUGUCAGUGCAGAGCUUGGCAUUCAACCUGAAGGACAAGGUCUUCUGUGAGCUGUUUCCCGAUGCUGUUGAUGAGAUCAAACAGAAGCAGAAGGCCCAGGAGGAAUUGAGUGCCCGGCCCCAGCCCCUCCCCCUACCCGACGUGGUCCCUGACGGCGAUCCACACCAUGGCAACUACGGAAUUCCCGCACUCAACGGAGGCCAUGCCCCUAUAGGCCUCGGCAACCCCGCCCCCGGCCUCCAGCAGGCCAAUCGGAACCACGGACUGCUGGGCGGGGCCUUGGCCAAUUUGUUUGUUAUUGUGGGAUUCGCAGCAUUUGCCUAUACUGUGAAGUAUGUGCUGCGGAGCAUAGCCCAGGAGUGAGGAGGAGGAGGAGGAGGAGGAGAACAACGAAAAGGGGACAAUGGCACCACAGGCCAGAUGGAGGACAAUUAAACCAUUAAAAUACACUAUAAAAGGGGAGAGGUCCCAAUCCUGCACCCCUUUUGGACUUUGGACGAUAGAAAUUCAGAGCCACCCGCCUGUUGGAUGGAGGAGGGGAGAUGUGGGAGGAGGUGGGGUUUUGGGGGGGGAAUGAAUGGGCCGGGUUGCUGUGGAAACGGUUCGGUGGUAAAGGCCAGGUGUAUACCAGGAAGUGCUUGGCUCAUGGGUUGUAUAGGAAAGCAUAGAAAUGGAAGACGGUAGAUUGGUCGUUCUCUGUGAAAAAGCAAUGUUUAAUUUUACAGCAGUGUGGUUUUUGGCGGAAAUGUUUACCGCCGGCUUGCAAAAUGUCAAGUAAUUUUCUUGUUUGAAUACGCUGUGUUGAUGUUUUUUGAGUGCUAGAUACAUUUCUGUCAUGCAGCCAUGUUGUUAGAUUCAUGUAAAAAAAAUCUGUUUUGGAUUCCAUUGUCUUUAUGCACCUAGUGCAGGUAUUCUGACCUGUUUCCCCUGAGACGGGUAAGGCAAAUUCCUCCCCCCUUCUGUCCUUGUGCAUCACAGUCAAUUGACCAAGUAAAAUUGUUUUGUCAUGCAGUGUCUAUUAAAUUCUGGCUAAUAGUUAGGUGAAACCCAAUAGCACAAUAACCUGUUCCAUCAAGACUAAACCCCCCUCAUUUUCCUGGAAUGAUUCCUAAGUACUUCCUUAGAAAAUAUGAGGGGUAGUUAUGUGUACUCAAAUUCCUAUUCCUAGUGAGGACCGGUCUCAGUUUUGCAUUCCUCAUUUUGUUCAUUGUUAGACUUUAGGUUGUAGGGUUAUGUUUAGGAGUUGGAGUUAGGCUUAAAGUUAGAUAAUUGCGGUGAGGGUUGGGUUAAGCUUACUGUUAGGGGUUAUGUCGUUUUCUGGAAUAGGACAAAUCUUCCGCUCCUCACUUUGAUAGCAGUUUGUGUGUGCAUUAUGCGCAUCAUCCCCCAAAUAUGUCCCAAGUAGUGCCCUACUUAAAGGAAACCUAAAGCUCUGUUCAGAAGUAGUGUGCAAUUUGGGACAAAGUGUCUUGUUACUUUCCUCUUAUCUGAGCUUUGUCUUCCUCAGAAUUUUAUAAUCAGUUGAUUGUAUGUUCUUCACACCCAGACAUACCUGAGCCUGCUGUUUAGAAUGUUUCUGUUUUGUGGCUCAGGUCUAUAAGGCUUCCUUCAGAGAGUAACUCUACCUGUUCAGGGGUAAAGUUACUAAAUUAAUUUGAAGAGUUGGGAUUGUUCCGUCACGGAAACCAUCGCAGGAGAACGUACGCCACAGAGAACACGGCCUCCUUCUGAAAUGGCAGGUUUUUCCUCACAGUGGUCUAGUUUUGUAUUGCAAUUAUCUGGAAAUUAAGAUGCCGUUUCAGACCGCGACACGAGUUGCCUCGUUCCUCUGGUAGUUUUGUCAGUCAAUCAACCCAUGAGCCAAGUAGUCCGGCGCCGCCAGUCUUCCUAACGCUUGUUGAGGGAUUAAAAGACCAAUAUGUGUUAAACCUCCAAUCCACCCAUCUGACCAGUAUAGCAACCACACAACGUUCUGUGUAGGUUAAGAAGCAGGCACGCACCUGGACACAGUAACGAGACCACAGGUAUAUUAACCAAACGGGACAACCACACCUGGAGAAGUAAACCUAGUUCGCGUCUGUGUAAAUAUCAUUUCUCCCACGUUAAUUUGUCUUUUUCUUUAGUAUAUAUUUUUUGCUGUCUUUUAUUAAUAAUUGUAGCCUUGGGUGGGAGCCUUGUGGAGCAGAAGGCAGCUCUCUUGUCCCCUUCUGGAUCUAAAAGGGCACCCGCUUCCAUAUGUAGGUCUCAAAGACUUUGGUUAAUGGAGUCCUGGACACAAAGGAGUACACUUAGUACCGCGGCUGCCUAGCCUGGGUUCCAGAGAUCCACCGUCCUGUGGAUUUGUCAGUUGUUACCUACCUGAUUUAGCGUUCCAUACAGCUAUUAGAAACGGUUGUGCUAGAUUGGGUUUGUAAGGAGAACCUCCAGGACAGGCGCUCUCCAGGACCCGGUUUGGGCAGUCCUGAAGUAUAGGAAUACGGGGCCAUUUAUGGAGCUCCUCUCUUGCCUAAAUGGGGCAGGGGGGGACAGUGGGGCUGGUUGAUGUGACAACACAUCGCAUCACUCACUGGCUAGCUGUCUUGCAUUGCAUUUAGCACAGACUGUUCUACUGUGAAGUCUACUACUUGUUACGUCAGAAAGCAGAAAAACCACAGUCAGGAACCAGGGGACGUUCACAGAGCUCUUUCAGUCUCUGGUUUCUCUGGAACUUAAAAGACUUGGAAUGUGUCUGGAGAUUCACGGCAUAACACCCAGAUUCCUUGCUUAGUUAUCUUGUGUGUGGAAUUGUAUGUUUUCAUAGUUCAUGUGAAUAAACGUACCCUGCGUCGCAGGACAUUUUAGAAACAAA